AACAACAACAACAACAACAGCAACAACAGCAACAACAACAGGAGCACGAGUUGGUUGGGCCGCUUGAUCUGAGCAGCGACACAAUUCAUGUUCCACACACCCGCCGCAGCGCCGCACAUUAUCGCGUGCAAGUCAUUGACGACGACAACAACAACCACAACAGCAGCAGCAGCAAAUGCAACAGUGGCAACAGUGAAGCUGAUGACGUUUACGACGGCGCCGCCAACGACGAGCACCAUCCCCACCACGAUCACCACGACCACUUUGACCCAUCGCACAUGCCCGCCACCACGGCCACGGCCACAUCGACAGGAUUCACAACGCCGGAGCGCCACGUCACGCCCGCGCUGAGCUCAGUCGCGUCCUCCCCCGAGUUGACAGACGCGCUCGACACGUACAGCAGGUACCCGGAGGACCCCGGCAGCCCCAUGAGCAGCUCAAGCGACAGCCGCAUGUCUGUGAUUCUGCCGUGGAAGCUGCCAACACCGGACCUCCCACCGAUGCAGUUUGAUGAGAAGGGCAACUUUGAUCCCGCGCCGUUUCUUGUUGACCAGCAGCUGUGGCAGCCCAACAACGACUCACCAAAGUGCCGUGCGUGUGGCACGACGUUCACCUUCACCAUCCGACGCCAUCACUGCCGGACGUGCGGUGGGCUCGUGUGUGGCCGCUGUUCCCCACGCCACCCCGUCACCAGCAAGCGCUGCUGUCCGUCGUGCGCGUUGCAUCUCACCGUCUUUGUCUUCAAUCUCCGCAACCACCGUGCAUUCCACGGCAGACUGACCAGCAUGGAGACGGAGGCGCGUCUCAUCAACAGCUCGCGUGGCGGCACGGCACCCUACCUCCUCCGCUUGAGCGAAACAAAUGUCGGCCAACUCAUCAUCAGCAGCAUGUCCAGGGGCGAGAUCCAGCACGCGGCGGUAGAGGGCGUGCCAGGUGCCCUGCGCCUCGCCCGCUUUGGCCGCCAGGACCCAUACGGAAACUUUGAGGAGCUCAUGAAGGACCUGCACGAUCGUGCUGUUGCCCAGACACCCUGCCCGCGCCCCCUGGCCUCGUGCGACGACAAGGGCGUGUGCCGCUGCCCCAGCUGCAACAGGCCCCUCCUCGACAGCUUGUGCGUGUGUGGCGCACUGUGCAGCAUCCCGUCUUCUGCGUCCAUCUCCAAGGCCAGCUCUCACACGCACCUCAACGCCGACGCUGCCACCGCGUCCUCCUCCCUUGGUGGUGGCGGUGGUGAUGGCGACUUGAUCAACCUCAACCCGGAACCGGAAUUGCAUUCCUUGUACCGUGACGAUGCGCGCACGCAUCUCCUGCGCCCGUUUCUCCUCUCCUCCUCCGACGUCCGCAUUGGCCGCGUGCUCGGCAAAGGGCGAACUGCACGCGUGCAUGUUGGCCAAUACCAGGAGGGGCGCGUGGCCAUCAAGGCGUGUCGCCACCGCAGCAGAUAUGACAGCCUGCUGCACGAGGCCAUGGUGCUGGCAACGCUCGACCACGACAACGUGCUCAAGAUGCACGGCUUGUGCCUUGACACGCCCUUGCCCAAGCUGGUGAUGACCUACUGUGAGCGUGGCGACCUGCACAGCUACCUUCGCCUGCGCUCUGCGGGCGCUGUGCAGCCAAAGCGCCUGAAAGCGUUUGCGGCGGGCGUGGCAUCUGGCAUGCGCUACCUCGCAGCCCGUUCCGUCGUGCACCUGGACCUUGCUGCACGCAACGUGCUGCUCGCAGAGGCAUACACGCCCAAGAUUGCCGACUUUGCGUUGGCGCAGUGGCCUGGCUCUGGGCGACCCCUGCCCGAUACGGAGCGCCUGCCCGUGCGGUGGGCUGCACCGGAGUGUCUUCGUGGCGACGACGGCGCCUAUCAGCCGGCUGCAGACGUGUGGAGCUUUGGCGUGCUGCUGUUUGAGAUCUUCUCACGUGGCAGCCGCCCCUAUGACCACCUCACCAGCAACGAGGAUGUGCGUGAGGCGGUGGUGGAGGGCACGUUGCGGCUGGAGGAGCCGCCACUGGGACCACCGGCGAUUCGGUCCAUCAUGUACAGCAUGUGCUUGGUGCCGGACCCGACACAGCGCUCGUCCUUUUCCGAUCUCCACGCAGCCAUCACCAGCCUGCAAAUGGCGUGACGGCAACCAUCGCUGGCUGGUGGUGGGUGGUGGUUGUGUCUUCGUUGUGUGGGCAAGCGUAGCCGUGUGUGUGUGUGUGUGUGUGUGUGUGUGUGUGUGUGUGUGUGUGUGUGGG